AUGCUUGUUUCUCUUGUCGCUGUGCUGGCCCUGGCUUCCGCCGCUUCCGCCGCCCCCGUGGAUGCCUGCGGCGCGCCCCCUCCAAACACUUUGUGUUCUUCCUACACCAUCCUCAGCGCGCGUGGCACGGUCGAACCUCAGGGUGGCUCCAUUGACUUCCAAACCAUGAACAAGAACGUGUUUGCGGAGCGCACUGGCGGAAAGCUUUACAAUGUCGUGUAUCCCGCCGAUUGGGACCAAAACAGCGCGUCCGGAACAGAGGAUUUGAUCAGCCAGGUGGGCAAAAUUCUCGGGCAGAAUCCCUCGGAAUGCCUGCUCUUCGAGGGCUACUCCCAGGGCGCCACACUCGUCGUCGAUGCCCUGCCGCGGCUCACCGGCGCCGCCUUUGACGCUGUCAAGGGCGUUUUCCUCAUUGGCGACCCGCGACACGAGCCUGGUCUUGCUUGCAACGUCGAUAUGCAGGGCGGCGACAAGACUAAGGACACUACUGGACUUUUCUAUGACAAGGGCAAGAGCAUUCCCCAAGACUGGGUCUCCAAGUCGCUCGGUGAUUCUGUCUGCGAUGUCACUUUUAGCAAUGAUACUCUCAUCACAGAAGAGCACUUGGCCUAUGCUUUAGACGCUGGCAUGCAAACCAUGGGGGCCGCGUUUUUGCUGAAACAGCUGAGCUGA